AGACAAUUUCAUUAAUCCAAAAGGGGUUAAGAAAUGGAAGAAGUGAAGCUACUUGGAGCUUGGCCUAGCCCAUUUUGUUACAGAAUUAUAUGGGCUCUGAAACUAAAGGGUAUUGAUUAUGAAUAUGUAGAAGAAGAUCUUUUCAACAAGAGUGAUCUUCUUUUACAUUAUAACCCAAUUCACAAGAAGAUUCCAGUGUUAGUUCAUAAUGGAAAACCAAUAUCAGAAUCAACUGUUAUACUUGAGUACAUUGAAGAGACUUGGCCACACAAUCCAUUGAUUUUAAAUGAUGAUCCUUAUGAGAAGGCUAAGGCUCGGUUUUGGACAAAGUUCAUAGACGAAAAGGAACCAAUCUUUUUUGCCUUCUUUCAAAGUGUGGGGGAAGAACAAGAGAAGGCGACGAAAGAAGCGAAAAAAGUGUUGAAAGUGAUUGAAGAUUAUGGUGUUGGGGAGAGUAGAAAAUUCUUAGGAGGUGAGAAAGUAGGGAUGGCAGAUUUGGCCUUGGGAUGGAUAUCUGGUUGGCUUGAAGGGAUGGAAGAAGCACUUGGUGUGAAGCUCUUAGAGCCUCAAAGCUUUCCUAUGUUAAUGGCUUGGAUCAAGAAUUUUAGAGAUGUUCCACAAAUCAGAGACAACUUUCCUGAUAGAGAUCAGUUGUUAAUCUAUUUUAAAGGCCUAAGAGAAAGGUUUAUUGUUCAAGCAACUAUGUGAAAAACAGCAAUAAUAAUAGAUGCAAUUUGGGUUGAUGUAAUGUAAAAUGAAAAAGUUGAAGAUUUGGUAUAGAGGAAAGAAAAUUGGAGAGAUAGAGAGAGUAUAUUUCCUUCAUAGUUGUUUGGAAUGUAAGUAUUGUAAAAUUACUAUUGUACCCUCAAGUUAAUAAUAUAAAUUUUGUGUAAGAAAUGACAAUUUAGUAA